CCUCUCGCUCCCUCUCUCUUCUUCCCUCUGCAACCACCGGAGAACACCUGCAACCUGAUGGCCACCUCCCCCUGAUUCAACCCCUCCAUCCCUAGCUCCAACGCCUUCAUGGCCUCGCCGCGCAACUUGUCGCCGGUCUCUCUGACCCAGCCGAGCUCCUCCUCGACGACUUCGAUGCCGGAGAGAUCGUACUGGUCGUAGAGCGCCAAGAUCUCGCAAUUCAGCUGGGCGGCCUUGGCGAGAUCGAUCUUCUCGGGGUCGACGGCGAGGUCGCGGAGCUUCUUGGAGAGGCGGAGGGCGCGGAGGGUGUGGUGGAGGAGCUCGGAGGUGGCGUGGAGGUUGGAGAGCUGGAGAGUGAGGGCGGUGAUGGAGCGGAGGGGGUCGGAGAGAGCUGUGAAUUUCUAAUUGUUCUGGGUCCGUUUUGUUAAUUUUUGCAGAGGGUAAACCAAUUCCAACUGAGCUUCGAAAUGAAGAGGCCAAGCUUCGUCAAGAAAUCGAUCUCGAAGAUGAAAACACUGCUGCCUUUUCAGGAGAACGAACUGAUUAGUUGGGGAUUGAUCAUAUAUAGCACUCAUGUCUGUAAGUGUUAAAGAUCAUACAGUUAUCGAUAUUAAUGACAAGAAAUGCAUCUUCAGAGUUCCUAAUGUGCUCCUGAGACAAAAUCCAGAAGCAUAUACACCUGACGUUGUUUCAAUCGGACCUUUGCAUCAUUAUCGAGAAAAGCGAGGCCAAGAGGAUGGUAAAGGAGGCAAGGAAGACAAAGAAGGCAAAGGCGGGGAAGAUUUCCAACUCAUGAAACGAGUGAAAACUCGCUAUUUGAAUGAAAUUCUCACAGGUAUGAAGAUAACUUUGGAAGAGCUGACUACAGAAGUCAUUAAGCUCUCAGAUCAAAAGAAUGAAGGCGAAUUUGAGCAACGCGCGCGCGAUUUUUAUGCAGAACCACUUGAUCAUAUUUCCUCUGAAGAGUUCAUCAAGAUGAUGAUAGUUGACAGUUGCUUCCUAAUUCAACUGUUUCGGAAGUGUAACGACCAGAAACUCAGGGCCCUUGAUGACCCGGUGUUCAACAUGGACUGUAUGUUUCAUUUCCUAUGCCAUGACAUUUUGCUCCUAGAGAAUCAACUACCUUGGUUUGUUAUCCACAGUUUGUAUGGCCUUACCCUUGAUAUAUACCCUGGUGAAGCUUCCCGUGAUGUGUACUCUGGUGAAGCUUCCCUCUCUAUUCUAAUCCUGAAAGUUCUUAGCAUACUACCAUCACUGAAGCAUAGUUGCUCAACCUAUAAAACGCAUCUCCAUGAAAACGAGUGUCAUUGUGAUGCUGAUGUUCUGCACAUACUUGAUCUGGUAAGAGCUUCCAUAGUUAUUCCAUUAACUAACAUAAAAGAGAGCGGGCAUAAAGCAGCUGGUAAAGAAGGUACAUCCAACCCUCAAGAACAUCAAGUGCACACUGGGAACAAAGACAAGAGAGACAAUAAAGCUACUCAUGGAGACACAGAUCAACAUCAAAUUCGUACCGCAACCGCACUCUCAAAGGCAGACAUUAAAUUCAAAAGGGUCGAAAAGGAUAGCAUAAUGGACAUCCAAUUCAACGAGGGUGGGUGGUUCAAGAAUGGGACUCUUGAGAUACCACAUCUAGACGUUGGAAUGUCAUCGAAAACAUUAUUCAGGAACCUCAUUGCAUUUGAGCAAUGCUACCAUGGUUAUUCAAACGAGAUUACAUCUUAUGCCAUCUUUAUGGAUAACCUCAUCUCUUCAAAUGAAGAUAUGGAAUUACUUUGCAAGGAAAAAGUAAUAGGUAACUGGAUGAGUGAUGAAGAUGGUUGUAAGUUUUUCAGCAAUCUUUACAAGGAUAUCCCGCACAAGAAGUUCUACUAUGUUGAUCUGUGCGAACAAGUGAAUGAUCGUUACAGAUUGAAAUGGUAUACAUGGUUGGCUUCACUCAAGGGUGAAAAAUUUUCUAACCCCUGGAGAAUUUCGGCUUUCGCGAUAGGCAUUUUCAUUUUGAUUCUCACCGCAUGGAGUCAGAUAAACAACUUUCGGGUUAACCGGCACAAGUGAAGUUUUAAUAGCUAGCUAGUUAUUCACAAUUGCCUGCGUUUCUCACUUUCUUUCUGUGUGGCUGUUGUUGUUUUUGGGAUAUUUGAACGUACCUUUUAUAUAUGUGUGUUUCGAUGUAUAUGUCGUUGUAUGGUGUUUGUCCUUCAGACCAUUCAUAUGCAAUUUCCUAAUCUGUAUUGAGUUUUUACCUUCUUUGGAGACCCAA